AGUUUCUGUUACCCACGUGUUGAAAGCGGAAGUAGGAAAUAAACCCGCUGAUGAAAUUUUAUGUAAACAAUAAAAUAUUCAAUAAAACUUCAUUAGGUCAAUGCGACACAUUUGGUGUUGAGAGAACAGAUUGAAAAUGGCAGAUGAAAAGUUGAAUCUAAUCACCAGAAACCUUCAGGAGGUUAUUGGUGAAGACAGAUUAAAGGCAUUAUUAUCUGAACGAGAUGUAAAUCUAUACUGGGGAACAGCAACUACAGGAAAACCUCAUGUAGCAUAUUUUGUACCUAUGACAAAAAUAGCAGAUUUCUUAAAAGCAGGUUGUAAGGUAACAAUUUUAUUUGCCGAUUUACAUGCUUAUCUGGAUAAUAUGAAGGCACCAUGGGAACUUCUAGAAAAACGAGCUCAGUAUUACCAAGAAGUGAUUCAAUCAAUGUUACGAACUCUGGGAGUUCCAUUAGAAAAACUCAACUUUGUAAAAGGCACAGAUUACCAAUUGAGCAGGAAAUAUACAUUGGAUGUUUACAAAUUAUCUUCAUUAGUAACAGAACAUGAUGCACGUAAGGCUGGAGCAGAAGUGGUAAAACAGGCGUCGACUCCGUUACUCAGUGGAUUACUAUACCCUGGACUACAGGCUUUAGACGAAGAAUAUUUAGAUGUAGAUGCUCAGUUUGGUGGCGUUGAUCAAAGAAAAAUAUUUGUCUAUGCUGAAAAAUAUCUUCCAAUGCUCGGUUACAAGAAAAGAAUUCAUUUAAUGAAUCCGAUGGUUCCAGGAUUAACAGAAGCAGGUAAAAUGAGCGCCUCAGAUGAAGAUUCAAAAAUAGAUAUAUUAGAUUCACCAGAAAGUGUUAAACGGAAAUUAAAAAAAGCUUUUUGUGAACCGGGGAAUAUUGAGAGAAAUGGAAUUUUAUCUUUUUGUAAAUAUGUUUUAUUCCCUGUAAAUAACGAAUUAGGUAUAGAACGAAAAGAAGAAUAUGGUGGAAAUGUUACUUACAAUAAUUAUGAUGAUUUAGAAAAAGCGUUUGAAAAACAGGACGUACAUCCAGGAGAUUUAAAAUUAUCUGUACAAAAAGCAUUGAAUAAAUUACUGGAACCAAUUAGAAAAGAUUUCGAAAAACCAGAACUUAAAACUUUAAUAGCACAAGCCUACCCACCUCCACCAAAGAAGGGUGCAGCACUGGAAGAAAUUGUACCAAGUAGACUUGAUUUACGAGUCGGAAAAAUAAUCUCAGUGGAAAAGCAUCCGGACGCAGACAGUUUAUUUGUUGAAACUGUGGAUCUUGGUGAGGAAGAACCCAGGACUGUUGUUAGUGGAUUAGCUGGUCUCUAUCCAAUGGAGAAGUUACAGGAUCGAGUGGCGGUCUUUAUGUGUAAUUUAAAGCCUGUUAAAAUGCGAGGUGUUAUGUCGCAGGCCAUGUUGAUGUGUGCUUCUACGACUGAGGCUGUGGAGCCACUUGAACCUCCGAGUGGAAGUUCUCCUGGUGAACGGGUUUAUUUUGAAGGUCAUGAGGAAGGUCAACCAGAUGAAAAACUCAACCCAAAAAAGAAAGUUUGGGAAAAACUACAACCGGAUCUUUCAAUAUCUAACAGUCUGGUGGCACAAUGGCAGGAAUGUAACAUGAUGACCAAACUCGGCAAUGUGACGUGUCCAUCAUUAAAGAAAGCUCCUAUAAAAUAAUCAAUAUUAAAGUUAAUUAUUAUUUAUUGAAAUACUGGUGAAAUUAAAUGAAAUAAGGCACAAAUUAUUUAUGUGAUCAUCUUAGUUAAAGCCGUUGAUCCUCAUUUCUAUUUGUUAAGAGUCGGAUAAUAUCAGAUUUAUCACAGCGUAACCCUUGCUAAUUUGUACCCAAAUUGAUUAUUUAAUAUUUAAUUAAACAUGCAUUAUUCAAGAGCUAAAUCUGUCUAUUGCAUGUCUUUCUUUAGACCUGAAAUGGUAUCUAAAUUAUUAAUUAAACAUUCAUUAACAUGAAAAGACCUUAAUCAACUGUCAAUGCCAUCUUAUACGUCCGAUUUUCAUUGGAUUUGAAUCCGAUUAGCUGCUCAACACUUAUUGAUGAUUAAACGCAAAAAUGGAUAAUCAAAACUAUGUUAAUUAUCAUGUAAGAAUGACAAUCAAGGCUACAGUGAUUUUAAAAUAGGGUUUUCUUGGAUUAGAGAGAAGCAAUUUGACUGAAAUUUUCAGCAUAUAUCCUUUACAUUAUCUAGUUUUUAACUAUUAUAGAGAGAACUUCCAGCUCUUUAAUCUUCCAUAAUGUAUCCCUCAAAUGAUGAUCAACAGUUUUAAGGAAUACAUGUAUAUUGAUAUCAUCGGUUCUCAUCAAGGCCCCGAGUUCACAAAGCAUUCUCAGUCUUAAAGGAGCUAAAUCGCUAAUAUUUGGAACGUAGAAAUUGACUCAAGUGGGUCGCAACUCAUAUAAUACCGUAAUAUGAAUGUAUAUAAACUGAUUUACAUUCAAUCGUUUCCGUUUUUACUCUAAUUUCAAAUCAGUUAUGUUCCAUGAAAUAAGCCAGCAGUCUCAAUCGAGUGCAAAUUCCUAGCGUCUGGUUAUUCCAGUCUACAUAAGCCGUUUGGUUUGGUGCAAUAUGUCUAGCCUCGUUCCUCUAGUCUCUUGCUAGAACUGGGGCUGAAACGCAUUAUGGUACACGAUUCGUGUACCAAUGGUAAAAUAUUUAUUUUGUCUUAAAUAUUGGAUAUCAGAAGCCCACCCUUUUCCGGUAAGAUCACAGCAUCAAUGUUGUUUUAAAUUGACAAAUAAUUCGUGUUUUAAAUGUUGAAGAUUUUGGAUGAUAUUGAGUUAGAGACUUAGCUCCUUUAAGUUGAGAAUUUACUCAAAAUUGUUCACCUUAUUUUAACUAAAAUAUAGCCCUUUAUAAAACUUUUGUUGUUUUAAUGUAUCAAAUACAUCAAUAAGAAACUAUGUGCAAAGUUUUGUGUUUUUGGAUAAAAGAUAUUUCUCGUAAACAGUGAUUGAAAGUUGAGUAAAUUCUUAACUUAAAUCUGAGAAUACUUAGUGAACCCGGGGCCAGGUCAUUUAUGUAAAGGAGUGUCGUAACUUCAAACCAUUAUUAAUGAAAUUGCGUUUUAACUUUUUCAUGAUUUAUCUAUGUUAAAUUGUUUAUUUGUAACUCACAUUAUGAAAAAAAUAACUUUUCAAAUU